AGUGCACGACGAGGCGAAAAUAUGUGCACUUUAUUUUUGAAAACUGCUAAGAAGUAUCGCACUUUCGAUUCUAACGUAAUUGACAGGUUUCAAACUGUGCGCCUAAAUGGAUCGGUAAAUAUGGGUUGGCGAACCCGUGAGUCAUAUUUCAUCGAUUCGGCGGCCCGAGUCGUCGAGUUGAAAUAAGAAAAACAAGGAGAACCCAUUGAAGCACAUUCGACUGCUGUGGAACAAACAUCGCUGGCCUGAUAUCACAGUUGAGCUGUGACUCUUAACAAAGCUACUUGUGAGAAGUGAAAAAUAAUGGCUCCUAAUUUUGUGAAUACUGGAGAUUCAACUCUAGAUGUUAAGAUUAGAGAAUACUUAACUUGGAAUAAUGAUGAAAAGGCAGAAAAAGAAAUUCAAGCCUUAAUGCAACAAGGAGAUGUCAAAACACUCUCAAAUUUAUUUCUCAAAAGACUGGAAUUUGGAACCGCAGGCCUAAGAGGCAGGAUGGGACCAGGAUAUAAUCAAAUGAAUGAUUUAGUGAUUAUCCAAACUGGUCAAGGAUUAGCAAAGUAUUUAAUGAAAACUAUACCUGAUGUCAAAGAAAAAGGUAUUAUUCUAGGAUAUGAUGGUCGAUAUAAUAGCAAGAGAUUUGCUGAGUUGACUGCAGCAAUCUUCUUGAACCAUGACAUUAAAGUCUAUAUGUACUCUAAACUUUGUCCUACACCAUUCAUCCCAUAUGGAGUGCUCAAAUACAAGUGUGCUGCUGGUGUAAUGGUAACAGCAUCUCACAAUCCCAAAGAAGAUAAUGGCUACAAAGUAUAUUGGGAUAAUGGAUCUCAAAUUAUUUCACCUCAUGAUAAAGGAAUUCAAAACAGCAUCUUGGAAAAUCUUGAACCCCUACAAUCAUCGUGGGAUACAUCUAAUGUUUAUAAUCAUUCUCUAUUCAAAGAUCCAUUAGAUGAAGUCAUGAAUACAUACUUUAACGAUAUCAAGAAUAACGUUCUAUAUCCUGAAAUCAACAAAAAUACUCCGUUGAAAUUCGUAUAUACACCUGUACACGGCGUUGGUCACAACUAUAUGAUUGAGGCAUUCAAAGUUGCCAAUUUCAAACCUUUCAUCGUCGUUGAAGAACAAAAGGAUCCUGAUCCUGAAUUCUCAACAGUGAAAUUCCCCAAUCCUGAAGAGCCGAGUGCACUCGAAUUGAGUAUUAAAACGGCGAACAAGAAUGGUUCUACGAUUAUUCUCGCCAAUGAUCCAGACGCUGAUAGACUUGCGUGUGCAGUGAAAAAACCAAACGGAGAAUGGCACAUAUUUUCUGGAAACGAAUUGGGCGGCUUAUUGGGUUGGUGGAUGUUACAUACAUUGAGGGUGAGAAAGCCUGAUGCAAAUAUAGCAGAUACUUACAUGCUUGCCUCGACUGUGUCAAGUAAAAUACUAGCGUCAAUGGCGAAGAAAGAAGGUUUUAAGUUUGAGGAAACUUUGACUGGCUUCAAAUGGAUGGGCAACAGAGCAUCCGAGCUAAUAAAAUCUGGAAAGACGGUUCUAUUCGCUUACGAAGAAGCUAUAGGAUUUAUGUGUGGCUCACACGUAUUAGAUAAGGAUGGUGUAAGCGCGGCCACUUGCGUCGCAGAAAUGGCAGCAUAUCUUCAAACCAUCGGUCUCACGCUUAUUGACAAAAUUAACGAGAUAUACUGCGAAUACGGACAUCACAUAAGCGAUAACUCCUACUGGAUUUGUCACGAAAAGGAAGUCAUCAACUCGAUCUUUAAUCGCCUCAGAAAUUUCGGAGGAAAAGAAAAUGCCUAUCCAACCUGUAUUCUCGGAGGAAGAUAUACUAUUACAAGUGUCAGAGAUCUAACUACAGGUUACGAUAAUACUAAGCCUGGAAAUAAAGCGGUUUUACCAGUAUCUAAAUCAAGCCAGAUGAUAACGUUUACUUUUAAAAAUGGAUUAGUAUGUACUCUUAGAACUAGUGGAACUGAACCAAAAGUUAAAUAUUACAACGAACUCUGCGCUUCGCCAGAUCAAAAAGAUUUGAAGCAACUUCAAGGUAUUUUAAGCGAAAUGGUAGCUGCUAUUGUUGAAGAGUUUUUGCAACCCAACGAGAAUAAAUUGAUUCCUCGUAGUUCGUAAAUUAAUUUGGCGAUAGUUCCGCAAGACCUGUACAUUUAUAAUGGUCAGAGAGAUAUGAUUGUAACAAAAUGUGGCUACGGUGGUGAGAAAUUGCUUUCCAAACAAACUUUUACAAAGAAAGUCUUACUUAUAAUUUGACUGAAUUAAGGAUAUUUGUAAUGACUGCUGAAAUCAAAAUGAAGAAAAGUUAUGAGUGGUAUUUGUGAUAAAAUAGAUUUAACUAUAGUUCCCAAUUAUUUCUUGUUGACUUAUCUUUUAUUACGGUUUAUAAACAAUGAAUAAAUCUUUUAUAUUUUAAAAAAUUUUUUGUCUUAGAAUUACUCAAUUUUUGCGCCGUACUUUUAACUACUACAACUUGUGUAAAAAAAUAUAAUCUACGCUGCGUAUUUUCAAUAUCUACAAACAUACUUUUAUAUUAUUGAUUGUAGAAAAGUUAAUAAGAAAGUAGAAUCUGUAGGGCAGUAAAGUA